AGGGGCGUGCAACUUUUGUUGACAUGUUGCCGUGCGGAAGCAACUAGUAAACGUGACGGCCCAUGGCGGAAUGUGUUUCGUAAGUUUUGUCUGUAUAGGACACAUUGUGGAAAAUCACUAUUUGGAAGACAUUAGCGGAGAAUAAUGUCACCUCCGAGGUUGACUGGAGCUUUACGCUCCUUCUCUAAUGUCACCCGGAAAGAGGAUUUCAAUGAGAAGCUCUGCGAUCUUAAGACUAAACGUCUGAAAAAACAGGAGCUGUUUGCGAGAGAAGGGCUCACAUGGCAAAAAUUGUUCCGCUUCUGCAGUGACCACCAGGACAAAGACAAAGUGAAGCAGCAUGCUGUCCAUCAAGAAUUAAAGAGCCUUCUUCUCACAGCCAAACAGAUAGUGGGAACUGAAAAUGGUCAGGAGGCAAUCGAACACGCUGCUGUCUUUCUGUUUGAGACCUUCCAAAAGAAAGACCAUGUGGGCACAGAGGAGACCCGGGCCAUUAAACAGAUGUUUGGCCCUUUUCCUUCAUCUGCCGCUGAAAUGUCCUGCACCUGUGUGGCGCGGUUGAUGGCUUCUCUUGAGGAGUCCAGAGUUGUGGAGUUCAUCCAAUCCCAUUGCUCCCGUCAGAAUCCUCAACAAGGCUCCACCUUUGGACGCAACAUUACCUUCUCCCAUGAUUGUUAUACACUGGAACCGCUGGAAGAAAUGCCCUGCUUCAGCAUCGAAGAUCAGAAAGUGAGCUUGGACUUUGCUAACUUCCUAAACAACCAGCAAAGUGAGAGGAAUGCCGUUAACGAGGGAGAGAUGUUCUCAGGAAGAUCUUCUGUGUGUGGAACUGUUCUAAGGACAGAAGUGGAGAAGUAUCUGAAUGGAGGAAAUAUGAUAUCAUCUUGCCCAGAGGAUUUGUGCUCCUCCCUUUUUGAGAUGUUGGCGUCCAAUAAAAGCAAUGAUGAGCUGCAGAAUGAGUUAUUUGAGCUGCUUGGCCCAGAAGGUCUAGAAAUGAUCUCCACGCUCUUGCAGCAAAGAACAGCCAUCGUUGAUUCCCUGCUAAACAUGCCACAGCUUGCUCAGCCACAAUCAGGUUAUUUACAUGAUGCUGUCCGAAAAAUCAGCGACGAUGUUUCAAGGCCCACCUAUGGCUGCCAAGUGACCAUUCAGUCUGAACAAGAAAAACACUUGAUGAAGAUAUUCCGCAGGGAGGAGAAGAGGGAGAGGAAGAGGGGAAAAGGAACUGAUGAUGUGGAAUGCUCUGAAGCUCUCAUGAACUUUGACCCUAAAGAGAUGCGAGCCCAGCGGGAGCAGGCUCUGUUGACGGCACGCCAUGAACCUGUACUUGGCAGAGAGAGAGUGUAUGAACGGAUCAAAUACCCAAAUGUCUAUGACAGCUAUGCAGAGGCUACAAAGACGCCUGCCUUUGUGGGAGGUGCUAGGAUGCUGCUUCCUGAGGGAAUCCGCAGAAAUAAUAAUAAAAUGUAUGAAGAGGUGGAGAUCCCACCCAAUGAGCCCUUACCUAUUGGCUUUGAAGAAAAACCCAUCUACAUCUCUGAACUGGAUGAGAUUGGACAGCUGGUUUUCAAAGGGAUGAAGCGCCUUAACAGGAUCCAGUCAUUGGUGUUUGAGACAGCCUACAACACCAAUGAAAACCUACUCAUCUGCGCCCCAACUGGUGCCGGCAAGACUAACAUCGCCAUGCUAACUGUCUUGCACGAGAUUCGCCAACACCUGCAGCCUGGUGGCGUCAUCAAAAAGGAUGAAUUCAAGAUUGUGUAUGUCGCUCCAAUGAAGGCUUUGGCAGCUGAAAUGACUAACUACUUCAGUAAACGACUGGAGCCACUGGGCAUCACAGUCAAAGAACUCACCGGUGACAUGCAGUUAACCAAAGGGGAGAUCCUGCGAACACAGAUGUUAGUGACUACUCCAGAGAAGUGGGAUGUUGUGACCAGAAAGAGCGUUGGAGACGUUGCGCUCUCUCAGAUCGUGCGUCUCCUGAUCUUGGAUGAAGUUCACCUUCUUCAUGAAGAUCGAGGACCGGUACUGGAGAGCCUUGUGGCCCGGACCAUCAGACAGGUAGAGUCCACCCAGAGCAUGAUAAGGAUCCUGGGAUUGUCAGCCACUCUUCCCAACUAUCAAGAUGUAGCCACCUUCUUGCAUGUCAACCCAUAUAUUGGACUCUUCUUCUUCGACAGCCGUUUCAGACCUGUGCCCCUUGGGCAGACGUUUGUUGGCGUCAAAGCUACCAACAAGAUCCAGCAAAUGCAUGACAUGGAGGAGGUGUGCUAUGACAAAGUUCUUGAGCAAGUCAAAGCUGGUCAUCAGGUAAUGGUGUUUGUCCAUGCUCGCAAUGCCACAGUGAGGACGGCCAUGGGGCUAAUCGAAAUGGCAAAGAACCGCGGAGAAACAUGCUUCUUUCAACCAGACCACGGUCCAGACUAUGGCCAGUGUGAAAAACAGAUCCAGCGCUCCAGGAACAAGCAAAUGAAGGAGAUGUUUCCAGAAGGUUUUGGAAUCCACCAUGCUGGCAUGUUGCGGUCUGACCGCAAUUUAAUGGAAAGCAUGUUCUCCAGAGGAUACCUCAAAGUGUUGGUUUGUACUGCCACUCUUGCCUGGGGAGUGAACCUGCCAGCUCAUGCUGUUAUCAUCAAGGGCACACAAAUUUAUGAUGCCAAGCGUGGUGCCCUGGUGGACCUGGGCAUUCUAGAUGUUAUGCAGAUCUUUGGCCGUGCAGGACGCCCACAGUUCGACAAGUAUGGGGAGGGCACCAUCAUUACCACCCAUGAGAAGCUCAGCCAUUACUUGACCCUGCUCACCCAGCAGAACCCCAUUGAGAGUCAGUUUCUUGGCAGCCUGGCUGACAACCUUAAUGCUGAGAUUGCCUUGGGGACAGUCACCAAUGUGGAUGAGGGGGUAAAGUGGCUCAGCUACACUUACCUCUAUGUGCGCAUGAGAGCCAAUCCACUGGCAUAUGGUAUCAACUACAAGGCCCUCCAGAUGGAUCCUGGUUUAGAGCUAUACAGAAAGGAGCUGGUGGUGGAGUCCGGUAGGAAGCUGGACAAAGCCAGGAUGAUCCGCUUUGAAGAGCGUACUGGCUAUUUUAACUCCACAGACUUGGGGAGGACAUCCAGCCAUUUUUAUAUCAGAUACAACACUAUAGAGACUUUCAAUGAACUUUUCAACUCUCAGCGAACAGAGGCCGACAUCCUCAGUAUUGUGUCCAAGGCUGAGGAAUUUGAGCAGCUAAAGGUUCGUGAUGAAGAGAUGGAAGAGCUGGAACAGUUGCUGUGCAACUACUGUGAGCUGCCCGCAGCAGGCGGGGUGGAAAAUGGCUACGGCAAGGUCAACAUUCUAUUGCAGACAUACAUAAGUCGAGGAGAUGUGGACAACUUCUCCCUCAUCUCAGACCUUUCGUAUGUGGCACAGAAUGCUGCUCGAAUUGUCAGGGCAUUGUUUGAGAUUGCGCUAAGAAAACGCUGGCCGGCCAUGACCCACCGACUGCUCACCCUCAGCAAAGUCAUUGACAAGAGACUUUGGGGCUUUGCCCACCCUCUUCGGCAAUUCCCCAACUUGAGCCAUAUUGUACUCAACCGACUGGAGGAGAAGAAGCUCACUGUUGACAAACUGAAAGAAAUGAGGAAGGAUGAAAUUGGCCACAUGCUGCAUCACGUAAACAUUGGGUUGACAGUCAAACAGUGUGUCCAUCAAAUCCCUUCCAUCCAAAUGGAGGCCAGUAUUCAACCAAUCACACGAACUGUCCUGCGUGUCCGUCUCAUUGUCACACCUGACUUCCGUUGGAAUGACCAGGUGCAUGGCUCCGUGGGUGAGCCAUGGUGGUUAUGGGUGGAGGACCCCAUCAAUGACCACAUCUACCACUCUGAAUAUUUCCUCCUCCAGAAAAAACAGGUGGUGACAGGGGAGCCCCAGCACAUUGUGUUUACCAUUCCCAUCUUCGAACCGCUGCCCUCACAGUACUACAUCAAGGCAGUGUCUGACCGUUGGCUUGGUGCUGAAGCCAUCUGCAUUAUCAACUUCCAGAACCUCAUCUUACCUGAGCGGCACCCCCCACACACCGAGCUGCUGGACCUGCAGCCAUUGCCAGUGACCGCUCUGGACAACCGGGAGUUUGAAAGCUUGUUCAAGUUCACUCACUUCAACCCUAUCCAAACACAGAUCUUCCACACGCUGUAUCACACUGACACCAACGUCUUGCUAGGGGCCCCAACGGGCUCUGGAAAGACCAUUGCUGCUGAGUUGGCCAUGUUCAGGGUCUUCAACAAGUACCCAAGCAGUAAGGUGGUGUAUAUUGCUCCGCUCAAAGCUCUGGUGAGAGAGAGAAUUGAGGACUGGAAAGUUAGGAUAGAGGAGAAACUGGGAAAGAAAGUGGUGGAGUUGACGGGUGAUGUGACACCAGAUAUGAGAGCUAUCGCACAGGCUGAUCUCAUCGUCACCACGCCUGAGAAGUGGGAUGGUGUGAGCAGAAGCUGGCAAAACAGAAGCUAUGUUCAGAAAGUAGCAAUCCUGAUCAUUGAUGAAAUACACUUGCUUGGGGAAGAUAGAGGUCCAGUGUUGGAAGUCAUUGUGUCCAGGACCAACUUCAUCUCCUCCCACACCUCGAAAGGUGUUCGAGUAGUUGGUCUGUCCACUGCUCUGGCUAAUGCUCGAGAUCUUGCUGACUGGCUGGGCAUCGUACAGGUGGGUUUGUUUAACUUCCGGCCUUCUGUUCGCCCCGUACCGCUGGAGGUUCAUAUUCAUGGAUUCCCGGGACAGCACUACUGCCCUCGAAUGGCCACCAUGAACAAACCCACCUUCCAAGCAAUACGUAGUCACUCUCCUGCUAAGCCAGUGCUGAUUUUUGUCUCAUCCCGACGUCAAACUCGACUGACAGCUCUGGACCUCAUUGCAUACCUGGCAACAGAAGACAACCCCAAACAGUGGCUGCAUCAGGAUGAGAGAGAAAUUGAGGACAUCAUUGCCACUGUACGAGAUUCUAACUUAAAGCUAACUCUGGCCUUUGGAAUCGGGAUGCAUCACGCUGGCCUGCAUGAGCGAGACAGAAGGACUGUGGAGGAACUGUUUGUCAACUGCAAGAUCCAGAUUUUGAUUGCAACAAGCACUCUGGCUUGGGGAGUAAACUUUCCUGCACAUCUGGUGAUUGUCAAAGGAACUGAAUACUACGAUGGAAAAACCAGACGAUAUGUGGACUACCCCAUUACAGAUGUUUUGCAGAUGAUGGGGCGAGCAGGUCGCCCUCAGUUUGAUGACCAGGGCAAAGCAGUUAUCCUUGUCCAUGACAUCAAAAAAGAUUUCUACAAGAAAUUUCUUUAUGAGCCUUUCCCGGUCGAGUCCAGCCUUCUCAGUGUGCUGUCAGACCAUCUUAAUGCUGAGAUUGCUGCAGGGACCAUUUUGUGCAAGCAGGAUGCAAUGGACUACAUCACCUGGACUUACUUUUUCAGACGACUGGUGAUGAACCCCAGCUAUUACAACUUAGAAGACAUCAGCCAUGAUUCCAUCAAUAAAUACCUCUCCAACCUGGUGGAAAAGAGCCUGAGGGACCUGGAGUGCUCCUACUGCAUUGAGAUAAAAGAGGAUGACCGAACGAUCGAGCCUCUGAGUUAUGGUCGUAUUGGCUCAUAUUACUACCUGAAGCACCAGACCACCCGCUUGUUUAAAGAAAGACUGAAGGCUGAGCUUCCCAUCAAGGAGCUUCUCUCCAUUCUGACAGAUGCAGAAGAGUAUGCAGAACUGCCUGUGAGACACAAUGAAGACCAACUCAACAGCCAGCUGGCUCAACAGCUCCCCCUGGAGGUCAACCCUCACUCGUACGACAGCGCUCACACAAAGACCCACUUGCUGUUGCAGGCCCACUUCAGCCAUGCCCAGCUACCGUGCAGCGACUACACAACUGAUACCAAGACAGUUCUGGACAAUGCCAUUCGUAUCUGCCAGGCCUUGCUUGAUGUAGCAGCCAAUGAGGGCUGGCUUGUUACAGCGUUGAGUGUCUGCAACCUUGUGCAGAUGAUUGUCCAAGGCCGGUGGCUACAUGAUUCUUCACUACUGACCCUGCCACAUGUAGAACAGCAGGACCUCUACCUGUUCAGGAAAUGGUCCAACCGUAAAGAGAGGACAGACACGGGAAGCUACAAUGGACCGAUCGACGGGCUGCCUGAGCUGAUCAUUGCCUGCAAUGGAAGGGAAAGCAUUUUUUCAGCGAUUGUCGGCCAAAAGUUACCUCCAAGUCAUGUUGCUCAGGCUUGGGCCUUUCUAAGUCAUCUUCCAGUACUGGAGGUGGGUUUGAGUGUGAAGGGUUGGUGGGAGGAGAGCCACGAACAAACGGAGCGCCACCUGCCUGCGGCGGGAGCCAACCCGAGGGAGGAGAGCAGCUGGCUGGCUGUCCAUGCUGACCAAGAGUAUGUUUUGCAAGUGUCACUUAGACGGAUCAACCUAGGCCAGCAGAGGAGGAAGCAGGACAGUAAGGCUCAGGCUCCAAGGUUCCCCAAGAUGAAAGACGAAGGCUGGUUCCUGGUCAUUGGUGAAGUAGAUCACAAGGCCCUGCUGGCAGUCAAACGAGUCGGAUAUGUGCGCAACCACACGUCUGUGUCCGUUGCCUUCUACACACCAGAGAAGGCUGGAAAAUGUAUCUACACACUCUACUUGAUGAGCGACAGCUACCUCGGUCUGGACCAGCAAUAUGACAUUUACCUCAAUGUGACACCUGCCUGCAUUGCUGCUCAGGUCAACACAGAGGUCACUGACUAGAUAACACAUCCCAUCACAGUCGGCAA